AUGGUUCAACAUUUUAAGAAUCAGAGGAUGAUUCAUAAGCGCUACAUCUAUCAGAUCGUGUCAAAGGCCAUGAAGAUUUUCCAGCCCGUUACCUCUCUAGCUUCCAUAAGCUUAGUAGAUGAUGCUCAUAUCACAGUUUGUGUUGAUAUUCAUGGGCAGUUUUAUGAUUUGAUCCAUAUUUUUGAGCUGAACGGGUUCCCUUCAAAGGAGAAUCCCUAUCUCUUCAAUGGUGACUUCGUGGACCGAGGAGCCUUUUCACUUGAGGUGAUCCUCACACUAUUUGCAUUUAAGGCAACGUGUCUUGAAGCUAUUUACCUUGCUAGACCGCCGGACGAAGGACUAAUGUCUGAUCUUCUCUGGUCCGAUCCCCAAACCUCUCUUGGAAGAGCCCCUAUCAAAAGAGGGUGUGGAGUUAUGUUUGGGGAAGAUGUAACUACCAAGUUCCUCACCGAUAACAACUUAAAGUUGAUCAUACGAUCGCAUGAGGUCAAGGAUGAUGGAUUUGAGGUUAUGCACCAUAGCCAACUUAUCACGGUUUUCUCGGCUCCAAACUACUGUGACCGGUGUGACAGUGAUGGUUCUUUCAUCUGA